AUGGCGCAGCGGAGGGCGGCGGAGAGCGGGCCUUGCCAAACGGCGGCGGAGAGCGCCAGGCACCAGCGGCAGCUUCUAGAAGGGAAAGCUCAGGCAGAAGGUGGAUCAGCUCGGACAUCACUUCUCAUUUUAGUGUCCAUCUUCUUAUCAGCUGCUUUCCUUAUGUUCCUGGUAUAUAAAAAUUUCCCACAACUUAGUGAAGAAGAAAGAGAAUGUAUAAAGGUUCCUAGAGAUAUGGAUGAUGCAAAGGCCUUGGGAAAAGUCCUGUCCAAAUAUAAGGACACAUUUUAUGUUCAAGUAUUAGUGGCUUAUUUUGCCACAUAUGUUUUCUUGCAAACGUUUGCUAUUCCUGGGUCUAUAUUUCUCAGUAUCCUGUCAGGGUUUCUUUAUCCCUUUCCGCUGGCCUUAUUUCUUGUUUGUCUGUGCUCAGGACUUGGAGCUUCAUUCUGCUAUAUGCUUUCAUACCUAGUGGGACGUCCUGUUGUAUACAGAUAUUUAACAGAAAAAGCAGUAAAAUGGUCACAACAGGUUGAACGACACAGAGAACACCUCAUUAACUACAUAAUAUUUUUGAGAAUAACACCUUUUCUUCCCAAUUGGUUUAUCAAUAUAACAUCUCCUGUAAUUAACGUGCCAUUGAAAGUAUUUUUCAUUGGCACUUUUCUAGGUGUGGCACCACCGUCUUUUGUAGCCAUUAAGGCAGGAACAACGCUGUACCAACUUACAACAGCAGGGGAAGCUGUUUCCUGGAACUCUGUUUUUGUUCUCAUGAUUCUAGCCAUCCUCUCCAUCCUACCAGCUGUCUUCCAGAAGAAACUGAAACAGAAGUUUGAAUAAGGAUCAAACUGGACCAGAAUUUCCCAUACUUCAUCUCAGGAUCAGCACUUCUGAUAUUUGUAUAUUCGGUUUUCUAUUGGAUCUUAAGCAAUUAAAGGGAAGGCUUGUGAUUGAUAAGAAUGUCUUUAAAUGAACACGUGGCCUAAAAUUGAAGGAACUGUGUUCAGAAAUGUACUGCAUAUAGUUUUGUAACCAAACCAUCAGUGUUUUACUUUGGGAGGGUGUGUGUCUGGCCCUCAGGAUGAGGGAAGUGAAAACACAGAUGUAACAUUUUGCUCUGAUUAUAUGCAGAGCAAAAAUUAUAAUGUAGACGUAAACUACAGAUAAUGCUCUCUAAAACUUGCAGGAAAAAACACUGAAUUAUUCAGGCCAAUUUUGUAACAUUCUCUGUAGGCUUGCAUGUGAUCUGGUCUGAGUACAUUUCUCAUCAACAAUAUUUCUCUUCUUUUUUUUUUUUUUUCCUUUGGGAGUUCCAAAAUAAUAGCAUAACAUAAUAACGGUGCUCACUCAGAAACAAAGGUUUUUCGCAGUACUUUAACUACAAUGAUAUUCUCAUCCUGAUUGUUUACUUCUAUUUAUUAGUGCUUUGUGGAUUUAAAUACUUGAACCUACAUCUGCUAUACUAACUGGAUUAACAAAAGCAAGGUGUCACAUCAUUCCCUUUUGUCCUCUGUAAAGUUUUAUUCUGGGAGAGGAUAUAGGAAGGGAGAGAGCAGGUUAGAAUUUUUAUCAUGGCUGGGUGAUGAUUUUGAAGUUCUAAUUUUUAAUUUUUUCAUGUUGAUUAUUUUGCCAGUAUUUCACUUGCAUAGAUUUAUCCUGCCAAUUGAAGAAAGUGAUCGUAUGAUUAUAUAAAACUUUCAGUUCUCCAGUGAUUUAAAAAUGUUUAACUUCAAGCAGUGUAAUAUUACAAUUUCUCAAGCAAUAUGUAAAGAGUAUAAAAUUUUCCAUUGCAGCUCGAUGAGCUAGAAGAAAUGUCAGGUACACAAAUUGGUGCAGCUCUUAUUAAAGAGCUAAUUAAAGAGCUAAUUCCAAAUAAUGUUGAAAGCAUCACGUAACAGAAGGCUCUUGUGUCAGUGUAUAUAAAAUUGAGAGGAUGAUUCCAUUGUCUGGUAAGUCAGUAACUGGCAAUGGGCAGCCAGCUAUGAUUCACCUUUAGGUAGAAGUAUAUAUAUUCAUUCAAUAAGGUAUAUGAUACCUCCCCUUGUAUGCGUAUAACUGUUGUAGCUUGUUGUGUUGUCAGUGGAAUUCCAUAAAAUGAGGCCCUGAUCAGCAAGGAACUGGGGUGUGCGUUUAAGUUUUAUCCUACUGAAACCAGUGCUGCUUACAUGCUUUUAAGUUGGUGCCCCUGAAUAACUUGCUGAAAUGGGAGUUGACACAUUAGCAUAUGCUCCAAUUCAAGGGUUUAUUUGUCUGUAUCCUCAUGUUAACUUAUCAUAUGAUAGAUCAUUGAGAUGUAAGAGAACAGUUCCAUGAAUGUGAUAAUGUGAAAGGUACUGGUACCUUUAAAAGGUUUUGUUCUUUUUGUAACAUAAUGUUAAUUGACUCCUUCAUUUCAUCACAGUAUUACAUGUAAAUAUAUAGUAAAUAUUACUGGUACGCUCUUUGUCUUUUAUUUAAAUCUGGGCUGCACAGUAAGUGGUAUUUUUUACAUAGGUAGGUAAAGGAAUACAUAUCACUUCUGUUUGCAAGUUUCUUGUAAAAUCAUUUAGCUUCAGCAAUUGUUUUGUUAUUUAGAAUUUAUUCUAAAAGUGUACUUUACUGGCAUUUAAAACUGAACAGUGAUUAUUUUUAUUGCUGCAGUUCUAAUCUCAGAGGUCAUCUACCCAGGGGACUUAUUCCACAGUAGACUUAAGUGUGAAUUUAGCUGUUGCAAGCAAGUGUCCCCUGGACUAUUGAGUGUGAAGUUGCUGUAGAUUUACAGCCUACUUUUCUGCAUAGCUAAUUUUUCAUGCAGAUGAACUCUCAGAAUAAAUUACCUACUACUUAUUGUCCAGUGGCUUUUCUCAAAAUUUGUCUCAAUUUCUGGUCGAUAACAGAUGGUGUUGUAAAAUCCCUUCUAUGCUAUAUUAAGCCAAUGUUUUGGUGGAACCUUGACACUAAAGAAGGAACUGAACUAUGUUUCAAUUUAAUGUGAAUCAUGCUAUCGCUUGACAUUUUCACUGAGUUACAUUUCACUGUGUAGAUGGGAUCAGGCUAUGUUACUGAAAAACCUGUUGUGUUUCAGCCAUAGACUGGGUUCCCAUCACAGUGGCUAAAAGCCUUAAGACCUUAAAAAGGUUGAAAAUAAAGUUCCUUCCUUUUGCAGAACCUUAGCGUUUUUUUAACCUGUCCCUUCUGUGUUUAUCUUCAGCUGCUGAUGGCCUCAGGCAGUUUCCUACCCCAUGAAGACUACUUCUGAGGGUUGUGAAGAGUAAGGAAGGCCUUGUGAAACAGGCAAAAAAGCACUGUGCUGUGGAAUACUGUACUAGCCUACUCUUUCCUCUAGGGAAUCCAGCAAGUGAUCCAAGAGAUAGCCAUAACAUUUUGACAGGAAAACAGUGGCUACCAUGAAACAAACUGGGAAAUUGGGAAGAUGUAGCUUUGUUUUUUAAUGACAAGGAAUUUUUAGCUGUUAGGUGACCUGUUUAGCUUUUGGAAUUUGUGAUACCUGCAUGAUAUCAUUACUAAAUGUCUCUUGCCAUUUGAUAAUAAAGCUAUUAUAUAAAACACGAAACGUAUUUUUGAGUACAAUGAAGUAUGCUGAACUUCCCACUAAGCUUAAUUUUUUAUUAACCUGUUUAAAAGGGAUGAGUUCUUAAAUGGUAUUUUUAAUGACUGAUUAAAAAUUAAACUGAGCUGAUCACA